ACCUCUUAUAACUUCACCUUCUCUUCUCUCUCUCUUCGAUACGAUCAUCAAAACUCUUUCCUUUUCCAUUUUCGAUCUCUUUCGUUUCUGGGUUUUUCAAAUCUUUAUAAACCCUAACAUGUCUCGUCUACUCUUCUGGGCAGAUUUGAUUUGAUGAUCUAAUCCACUUCAUUAUCAAACCCUAAUUUCUGCCCUUCUAAAUCAGUCACCGAUCGUACCAACUCUCGCUUUAGUUUUCGCGAUCUUCUAGUUCGAUUGUAUCACUACAUUGUAGAUUGAGAUUGGAUUGUAUCAUACUUUAUAUACCCAAUUUAUCAGCUUCCAUUUAACUCGAUUAUCUCAUUCCGAAUGAAUCACAUGUGUUUUGGAUUUGAAUCGAGCAUAUUUUAGAUUCUGAUUUCUGUUUAUUUAAUGAAUAAUAAGAUGAGAGCCAGAGGGGAACGAGAUGAAUUUGUUUUCAAAGAUUCAUCGCUUGGAUUGUUGAGGCUUCUUUGCUUUUUGAUUCUUUUCGUUACUGGUAUCAUAAUUGGUCUGACUUCAAGUUCACAUGUAGAUAGAUAUUUCACUUCACAACCUGAUAACUUUUAUAUGAAUUAUGCAUCUGCUGCUCCUGCUCCAAGCUAUGGCAGCAGUUCUUCAAAAACUGCUACUUUUGAUCACGACUGUAGUACCAAUUUGAUUAGUUGCAAGAAAGAUGAUUGCUUGAAUAUGGAAAGUUUUCGAAUGCCGAAGAAUCUGAGCCAUCAGAUGACUGAUAACGAGCUCUUUUGGAGGGCUUCGAUGGUUCCUAAUAAACCCGAGUACCCAUUUGACAGAGUUCCUAAAGUUGCUUUUAUGUUCUUGACAAGAGGGCCUCUUCCUUUGAUGAUGUUGUGGGAGAGGUUUUUUCGAGGUCAAGAUGAGAACAAAUAUUCGAUAUAUGUGCAUACGAAUCCAGGGGUUCAUCUGAAUGUCACGAAUUCUUCGGUUUUCUACAAUCGGCAGAUUCCUAGCCAGGAUGUGAAAUGGGGAUCUGUCAAACUCGUUGACGCUGAAAAGCGACUUUUAGGUAACGCCUUGCUCGAUUUUUCUAACGAGCGGUUUGUUCUCCUAUCAGAGAGUUGCAUCCCUGUUUACAACUUCCCAACCAUCUAUAAAUAUCUCAUCGGUUCAACCUACAGCUUCCUUGACUCAUAUGACGACCCAUCCCGUUACGGCCGGGGCCGCUACAGCCGUCGGAUGAAACCCGAGAUCAAACUUCGAGAUUGGCGAAAAGGGUCUCAAUGGUUUGAAAUUCACCGCACCCUGGCUGUCAAAAUAGUCUCUGAUACAAAGUACUAUAAUCUCUUCAAAUCCUACUGCUUGCCGUCUUGCUACCCAGACGAGCAUUACUUGCCAACGUUCGUAAACAUGUUUCACGGCUCUCUUAACGCUAAUCGGACGGUAACUUAUGUGAAUUGGUCGUUGGGAGGUCCUCAUCCGGCAAGUUUUGGGGCCGAUGAUGUCACAGAAAAAUUGAUUUAUUUGAUUAGGAAUAAUGGGACGAGUUGUUACUACAAUAACAGGAAAACUUCCGUUUGCUUUUUGUUUGCACGGAAGUUUUCGGAGAGCGCAUUGGCCCCAUUACUUGGUCUCGCAUCGACGGUACUCGGAUUUUGAAAAUAUUUGUGUUGUUUUAUUGGUUUUGGAUGGGAAGUUUUGUGGAGUGUAUUCCCCCAAUUUGUUGUAGUUUUGGGUUAUUGUUGUUUAGAAUAGUUGUAGUUUUGGAAUUGUUGGAUGAAGUAGAAUUUAGUCACAAAUUGUGGU